AUGUCACCUUCUUAUCAGACCUUUCAAGAAAAAGAUAAUCAGACGCAGUCUUUUUUGGCAAAUAAUAUUUCCAGUUUACCAGAUUGUCUGAAAUGCAAGCAAAAUAUACAGCCUGAGCCAAUAAUUAAAAUUUUAUUCAAUGUAAAGGUCAAUUUUGAAGAAUUACUGCUCGACAAAAUAAAACAGGAUAAGAAAUAUAUUAAUUAUCAAACAAAGAAAACACGUGUCGCUAAAGGAGCUGAAAUAAUAACUUCUAAACAAUUAGAAGAUUUGGAAAAGCAAAGUAACGAAACAGCGUCAAAAAAAGCUAAGCCGAAAAAAAGGAAGUCAAUAAAAGAUAUAGAUUUCGCAGAUGCGGGACCUUCAGGUAUAGAAAAAGUGACUAAACAGAAAAAACAGGGUAAGAAAAAACAUAAAAAGGAAAUAGAUUCGAAUGAAUCUUCGUCUGAUAUUUCUGAUUUGAUAAGCCUCUACAGUGACUACAUAGACAUUGAUCAAUAUUAUAACGAUGAAACACUCCAUGAAACACACAAAAUUGGCCAGAGGAUUUAA